AUGGGUGGGGCUCAUCCGGCGCCUCUCGCCCGCAGGCUCUCGCUGUACGAUGCCGCCUGCCAGGUCGCUCAGGAGGUCGCCGAGAAAAUCCAGGAGCGUAACCGGUACCAGAGGAGCGGGAGCGCAGACCUCAAUGUGCUUAUCAGGUCAUCGCUGCAGAAUCUCCAAGAGAAGAUUGAUCAGCUGAAGGACUUACUGCUUUGGGCUGUAUCAACACACCAAAUCACACAGCUGGAGGGAGACAGGAGACAGAAUUUGGUGGAUGAUCUUCUCACACGACAGAAACAACUUCAGGCAUCUUACAAGAAUGAAGGCACAGAACCAGAUGUGAUAAGAUCGAGCCUAAUGACAGGAGGGGUCAGACGAGGUGUCACUAACCCGUGGCUCUUGGAAGAAUCUGAAGAAACCAGAGGGCUUGGCUGUGACAAUCUCAGGCAGCAGCAGCGAAGGAUCAUAGAAGAGCAAGAUGCUGGACUCGAUGCUCUUUCUUCAAUCAUAUCUCGGCAAAAGCAAAUGGGGCAGGAAAUUGGGAAUGAGCUGGAUGAGCAGAAUGAGAUCAUCGAUGACCUCAGUAACCUGGUGGAAAACACAGAUGACAAGCUUCGCAACCAGACGCGGCACGUGAAAAUGGUGGACAAGAAAUCAACGUCCUGUGCCAGUAUAAUAAUCAAAGUAUUGCUGAUGAAGCCCAGUUUCAAUCAAUAUUUCAACAUCUUGCUCUCAUCUCUGCAACGCAUCCAGCAUUUCAGCAACACAGUGUGGGCUAGAAUGCGCAUCCUGCGCCUGUAG